CUUGUCACUGGACAUUCAUCUAAUCCCGAUAUAAAACCGACCGGCCGCCUGUGUACGGCACGGUCAAGCUCUUCGUCACAAUGAUUCGCAUCAUCAUCAUUUCAGUCCUCGUCGUUUCGUCUAAAGGAAUACAGCAACCUAGGCUGGUCUACCCGCGUCUACUCGAGGAACGAUCAGCUGAUGGACGAAUGGUAAUGCACUUGCACGAUCAACUGACGCUCAACCUUAGAAAGGCGUCGGUGGCGGCCCGCAACUUCCGCGUCCUGGAACACGAAGACGGACGCGAAGUAACACAUUUUUUCAACGGAAAAGACAUCGAAAAAGAUCUCCAUGAAGAUGAAAAGCAGUUCGCCACGGUGCACGUCACAAGAAGAGACAGCGGUGUCGAAGUUGAAGGUGUGGUCGGGCCGUACCACAGGAUCGAGCCAAUGCCCGAAAUGGAGAGAUCUGACGACGGCCUCAUUCCUCACAUGAUACACGAGAUUGAGAAGAAAGAAAUGGUUGACAUUGAGAUGGCACCGGGUGGAAAAGAUGCUUGGACCGUGAACGAGAGGAGUUACGGCACUCAAGUUGUUCCCGCAGAAGUUAUAAUAGAGAUUUUCAUAGUUUCCGAUAGCCUGCAUCAUAGUCAUUUCGCCACUACUAUCAAGUUAAUAUAUUACCUCUGCGUGAUGAUCAACUCUGUUAACAUGAGGUAUGCAGACACGAGAGAGCCAAGGGUGCAGUUCCUCUUCGUCGGAGUCGAGAAAGAUUCGUUCAGCACUUACAAGAAUGGUACCGGCAGGUUGAUGGAAAGCUCAUCUUCUCUCGAUGGAUUUCGGCUGUAUGCGACAGGCAAAAGAAGCGAGUACGGUCAUCCGGACAUCGCGUACCUGAUGACUGGCAAUGACGUAUACUCCGAACAAAAUGGCAAGAAGAGCAUGAACGUCUUGGGCAUCGGCUUCGUAGGUGGCUUGUGCACCGACUUCUACGUAGCCCUCGGUGAAGACAACGCUGGUCUCUACACCGGAAUGCAUACGCUGACGCACGAGGCGGGCCACGUGCUGGGCGCUGCUCACGAUCAAAGCCCGCCCAAGUCAUGGAUUACAGGUGACCCAGGAUCAUUAGGCUGUCCUUGGAGUGACGGCCACAUCAUGAGCUACGUCGACGGCGGACCGAAGCAUCACCGUUUUUCAAAAUGCAGUCUGAAGCAAAUUCAAAACCUUAUAAUAUUGAGAGGAAAGGUUUGUUGGAAAGUAACCAACGCUGGGGAAACGAAGCCGGGCAAGUUCCCCGGCAUGGAAGUAGCACCAAACGAGUUCUGCAAAAACGUCUUUCCGGACAAAGAAAAUGUGACCGCCGACAUGAAUUCAGACCGUAUGGAAAAAUGCAUGGUCAAGUGUCAAUAUCCGACAAUUCGACAGGAGUGCACUAGCUACGGAAGCUGUUAUGUAUACACGACGAUUAGAUACACGUACCAACACGCACUGGACUACAUGCACUGUACAGCAGACAAGGUUUGCAUCCAAGGUGUGUGCGGGGGCAGCAGGCUCAAAGUGCCGCAGACGACAGUCACCGAGAGCGCAGCACCAGAAGAGACAACGCCCACUACUGACGACACCACUGAAUGUCGCUGCGACUGCAGCUCCAUGCAGCCCACCACUCAUAGUACUUACGGGCCGCGGCCUGCUACUAGAAGCACGAAGAUUCUGAGGAAAAGUGCCGGGCGCAUAUUCGGACAGCGUCGCAGACAAUAAAUGUGCUUGCUCGUUUAUCACUACUGCAA